AUGAGAGCAUCGUUAUUAUUACUCGCCGCAAUUGGCAUUGAAGCUUGCCAGCGUGAGCGCCAAUUGGGAGACAACUUUCACACCCUCCUCAAAAGGCAGAGCAGCAAUGAGACGUUUCCACCUGUUCUAGAUUCCAAUGAACAAAUUCUCAUGAGUUCGUUUGACAACACGUCAAUCGCAACAUGCACAGAUGUGUUUCUCAACUAUCCCGUCUCCAACUCACUAGUUCUGACCUAUCCGAAUGGCACCACCUUUACACCUUCUCUCGAGGAAGACGUGCUAGAGGAAGAUUCAACGACUAGCUACCCCAAUCGUAUCCCCGCCUUCCAUGGCUACUCUUUCACUGGCAACGCAUCUGCAGAAUAUGUGUAUGUGGGAAGAGGCCAGCAAGUCGAUUAUCAGCGCUUAGUCGCUCUUGGUGUCGAACUUGAAGGGAAGAUCGCACUCGCCAAAUACGGUGGUCCGUUUAGAGGACUUAAGAUAAAGAAUGCCCAACAGCACGGCAUGAUUGGCACUGUCAUCUUCAGCGAUCCCGGCGAUGAUGGCAACAUGACUGAGGUGAAGGGAGUUGCUCCCUAUCCUGAAGGUGGCGCUAGAAACCCGACGACAAUCCAGCGAGGUAGUGUGCAAUUCCUUAGUACCUACCCUGGCGAUCCGACGACUCCUGGCUAUGCUUCCAAACCAGACUCACCAAGGGCGGAUCGCAGCAAGACUCUCCCCCAGAUUCCAUCUCUUCCCAUCUCCUGGCUCGGAGCACAACCAAUUUUGCAAGCCUUGAACGGAUACGGGAGCAGUGCUGCUGAAAUUAACAGGACUGGAUGGGUAGGCGCCAUACCAGGUGUCAACUAUUCUUCCGGAGCUGGUUCAGGCGCCCGCCUUUCCCUGUCCAAUGUUAUGAAUGACACAUAUACUACGAUCUGGAACUCGAUUGGUAUCAUCAAUGGCACGAACCAAGACGAAGUUGUUCUUGUGGGCAACCACCGAGAUGCGUGGAUCAUCGGAGGUGCUGCAGACCCUAACUCUGGAUCUGCCGUACUCAUGGAGUUGGCCAAGGCAUUUAGCAAGCUCGGAGAGACCGGCUGGAAGCCAACUCGAACAAUUGUCCUAUGCAGCUGGGAUGCCGAAGAGUACGGACUCGUUGGAAGUACCGAAUGGGUGGAGGAAUACAUUCCCUGGCUCAAGAAUGCUGCGGUAUCUUAUCUCAACGUUGAUGUCGCGGUAUCCGGUCCUAUUCCAGAGAUAGUAGCAACUCCUGACCUACACGCGAUUGGCAAGAGCCUGAUGAAAAAGAUCGUCUAUCCUUACAGAGGUACUGUUGACCGAACAUUAUUUGAUGUAUGGUCAGUAGAGGAUGGUGAGGUUGGCGUCUUGGGCAGCGGGAGCGAUUACACCGCAUUCCUCCAUCGCGGCAUCGCAUCUAUGGAUAUGGGUGCGGGUGGAGGCCCCAACGACCCCGUUUAUCCCUACCAUUCGAAUUACGACUCCUACCAUUGGAUGGCUACUUUUGGAGACCCAGGCUUCCACACCCAUAAGGCGAUAGGCCAGUACCUGACACUUCUCCUCUACCACUUCGCCUCCGACGCUGUCCUCCCUCUUGAGCCCGCAGGUUACAUUUCAGAGCUUGGCACCUAUCUUUCUGACCUCGAAGACACAAUCGCCUCAUCAAACUACACUCUCGACCUGACAAACCUCACGGAUGCCAUCUCCACGUUCACCACCUAUGCAAAUGAGUUUACAGACCUCCGUGCACAGGCCGUCGCAACAAACGACGCUGCCCUCCUCACAAUCCAAAACCACAAGGCACGCGACUUUUCCCGCGGCUUCACAAGCCAAGGCGGUCUCCCCACCAGAGAGUUCUACCAGAACUUAAUUACUGCCCCUGGUAGGGACACAGGAUAUGCGCCCGUCACGUUCCCUGCCAUCACUGAAAGCAUUACGUUCGACCACGAUAUCGAGUUGGCGAAGGAGUGGGUCGGCAAGACUGCGAAUGCGAUUCUCGUCGCUGCCAACAUGCUGAAGACGUAGGAUGAGAUAGAACCAACGGUAAGUCAUCAACUGGACAGCUGGAAAUCCGAGAAAGAGAAUAUACGGGCGUACGCAGCUAGAUCGUCAAGGCGUAGCGUCUAUUCUAGUACAUAGGCCCGCGGGGUUUCAGAGCACGUUCGCGUCUUAAUUUAGUAACUGCAAGGCUUACGCAGGUCCACCGUCCUUACGUGUGAAAAUGCACAUGUAGUCCUUAAGGCUGAU